AUGGAAAAUCAAUUCAAGUUAUCGCUUAAAAUUCAAUACCAAGAUAAAGUCAAACGUCUCGCUGAGAAGGUCUAUAAUGAUAUCGAGGACCUCAAGGCUGUUAUUCAGACCAGCUUUAGGACUUUAAGCUCACAAACUUAUGUCUUAAAAUAUCAGGAUAACGAAAAUGACUGGCUCUACAUCUUUGAUAAUUCUGAUCUUCUGGCUCUGAAGGAGUAUUUCUCAGAAAAGAAUGGGAAGCCUAUUAAACUGGUUAUUGAGACUGAGGAAGAGCUUGCUGCUUCUUCUGUUACUCCAAAGAAGCUUAGUGAAAGUAUAAUCAAAGACUCCUGCGUUGCUGAAGUAGAAGCCUUUCUUCAAGCUGAGAAUAACAACAAGGAAGAAGAAAAACAACCAUUUGAAGAACUAAAAGAGACUGUCAGUGUUAAUGAGGAAGAACAAGAAAUGGAAAUCCAGGAGGAAGAUGCUUUUGAUGAUUAUGAAAAAGUUUCAGAAAAGGCCACUUCUCCAAAAACUUCUACAAUGGUGGAUGAGGUCAAUAAGAUGCUUGAAAAUACCAGCUUCAGACCAUCUGAUAUAAAACAAUCAGAAGAGCAAGAUAUGAAUAUGGACCCAGUUAUUGUUGAAGAGCCAUCUGCUUUUGAAGAUCUUGAGGAAGAAGUUAUUGAUACUUCUAACAGGAAUUCUGAUGAAAAAUUGCCUGAAGAACCUCCUACGGAAGAGAAGAAAGACUUCAACAUUUUUGAUCUUUUCAAUAAUAUCAACAAUAUGAUGAACAAGGACGACAAAGAUUUCAAGCCAAGAGAUCUUGCCAACACUAUUAAGGAAUCUGUUAAAGGCACUAAAGCUCAAAAUAAGCUAAAGAAGGUCUGCAAUCAAAUGAAGAAAGGAAAAGGCUUCUUUAUGAAGAAGAUCUUUAAGAAUAUUUUCAGUGGUCUUCUCUCUGAUAAUGAAGAGAAGAAAUCUAACAUUGUUCAUCAAGGAAUCGUCUGCGAUGGAUGCAAUAAAGAUCCAAUUGUUGGAACAAGGUACAAGUGCUCUGAAUGCCCAAACUUUGACAUUUGUGAAGACUGUGAAAAGAAUGAUGUUCAUAAUCAUCAUGUUUUCCUCAAAUUAAAGAACCCAAUGAAGAUUGACAUUAUUUACUCACACAGGACUGAUGAUAGAGAAGCUGUUAAUUCUACUAAUCCCCCAGCUAACCAUCCUCCUCCGCACCCACCAAUGCAUCAUCCUCCACCAAUGCAUCAUCCUCCGCCAAUGCAUCAUCCUCCACCUCACCAUCGUGGACAUCCUCCUCAUUUUGAAGGAAAUUGGGGAAAUCACCAUGGAUGGGAUCAUCCAUGGGGUGGACGUGGAAGAAGAGUUAGAGGAAGACAUUGUGGUAGAAGAAAUAGAAGAUGCCCAAGAAACUUUGACAAUGAAAAUCCUCUCAUGUCUUUAGCCCAACAGUUCCUCGGUGGAUUUGAAAAUGAUAGCUCUGAAUCGCCCCAAAGAGAAGAUAGGAGAGGUGGACAAAACUGGGUCCAAAAGAGGCCUGUUAUCAUUAAUAGACCUGAGGGACCUGUCACUGGAUGUGCAGGAGGUUUAGCUAUUGUUGAGACAACUGUUCAAAACCAAUCUCCUUUCCCAUAUAUGCUAAAAGAUGUCAAAAUGAUUGAAGCUGAUGAAGGUAUCAAAUUCCAAGAGAUCAAUACUAAUGUCAGACUAAACAGAGAUGAAAGUCAGGAUUUCUGCCUAGCUGUUAGUCUCCCAGACACUCCUGGAAAAUACCAAGCCAGAUUCGGAUUCUUCAACAAGAACAACCAACAACAUGGAGAAACCCUAGAAGUAAUCUUCGAAGUUCUCCCAGAUACCUCUGAAUAA